AUGGCGGCGGGCAGCGGCGGCACCGGGCCGGGAGCGGGGCCCGGCGGAGGCCCCGGGGCCCGCAGGGGCAGCGCGGGCCGGGACGCGGAGGCCGAGGUUUGGUGCCGGCGGGUGCGGGAGCUGGUGAGCGCGGUUCCCGCCAACCGGCUCUGCUUCGAAUGCGGCCAGCGCGGCGUCACCUACGUGGACAUCAGCGUGGGCAGCCUCGUGUGCACCGGCUGCUCGGGGGCGCUGCGGGGACUGAACCCCCCGCACCGCGUCAAGUCCAUCUCCAUGACGACGUUCAGCGAGGCCGAGGUGCUGUUCCUGCAGGCGCACGGCAAUGAGGCCUGCAGGAGGGUCUGGCUGGGCACCUUCGACCCCCGGACGUCGCUUCUCCCCGACUCCCGCGACCCCCAGAAGGUGAAGGAGUUCCUGCAGGAGAAAUACGAGAAGAAGCGAUGGUAUGUGCCACCCGAACAAGUCAAAGAACAAGUGAAAGAACAAGUGAAGCCGCCACAAAACACCUCAGCAGAGCCCGGGCUCCCCCAGCUCCUCCACGGGGACACUGGGACACUGCCACAGCCUCGCCCAGCUGCCCGAAAAGCCAGCACCGACCUCCUGGCUGACAUCGGGGGGGACCCCUUCGCCAGCCCAGCCCCUGCCCCCGCCUUCGCUGCCUUCCCUGCCCCAGCCCCAGCCUGGUCUGCCUUCCCCAGUUUCGAUGCCUUUGGAACCAUCCCUGGAGCACCCACGUUUGGGGGGGCUGUGCCCCCCUUCCACAUCCCCCCCAGCACCACAGGCUACACCAACCCCUUCACAGCCCCCGUGGCCCCCAGACCCUCCACCAACCCCUUCGAGAUCAAUGGGCCCGGUGCUGCUUUCACCUCGCCCCCUGUUCCUGGGGGCUUCCCCAGCCCCUUCCAGGCCGAUGGUUUGCCUUUCUCUGGGUUCAGCGUUGCCAAAGCUUCCACCAACCCCUUCGUGACCGUCCCGGCCCCGGCGGCGCCGUUCGGGAUCCGGCACCGGGCCACCAACCCCUUCCUAUGACCGCAGCUGCUCCGGGGCGCCCCGCAGCGCGCCGCACCUCCGCCGGGACCAGGUUUUAUUUUUGUUCCGAGAGAUUUAUCGCGAUAUCUAAUAUAUAUUCGGUAAAAACGGCUCCGAUCCGUCCCGCUGCGUUCCCUCGCCUUGCCGCGCCGAAACCUCCCCUCACGGCUCUGCCCUCGGUAAAAAUGGCGGCCAUGGCUGAAUCCUCCCCUCACGGCGUUGCCCUCAUUAAAGAUGGUGCCCCCAUAGCCCCCUACGCGCCCUUAGCCAAAAUGGCGGCCGGGGCAUCGCCUCUGAGGGCACGGCCAUGGCGGCCUGCCCUCAACAAAGAUGGCGCCGAGGGGGAAUUACCGGGGUAAGGAAAUUAACGAAUUAACGGAGGCACGGGGAGGGGAAUUAACGAAUUACCGGGGGCACCGGAGGAGGGGAAGGGGAAUUAACGGGGGCACUGGGGGGGGACAGACGCCCCCAGCUCCCCCCGCGGGGCCCGGGCCCGGCUCGGCUCCUCCCGCACCUGCUGGGGAAGGGCGGAAUUAACGGCGGAGUUUUGGGGACGGGGGGGACACACGGGGCGGCACAGCAC